GCUAUCAUAGCUUCCUCUGCCAUUUGUAAUUUUUUUUGUUUCGUUGGUUUUCUUUACGGCCUUGAACCGGACGCUGCAACUAUGACCAUUUCUAUUGUUGGUAUCUUUGUACACAUAUUAGUGACCAUUGGUUGCUAUUUAGGAGCAGAAUUUCAUUAUGAGUCCAUCAAGAUACGUAACCUCCUUUGCAACCUCUAUUGCAAACUGACGGCAAAUGCAACGACUCUAGUUAGACUGAAAUCGAUGGAAAUAUUGGACAGACUUGAUAGUCGAUGCAUUGGAGCACACAUGGGGGAUUUCGGUAUAUUUUAUCGAUCUACUUGUAUCAUUGUACUUUUGGAAAAUGCAAGUUUCAUUAUGCUUUUGUCUUGUAAUUUGCGUUAGUUUAUUUGAACUGGCGUUCUCAUUUCAAAUUAAACUCGGACUCACUUUUCU